AUGAAUUUGUCGAUUCCGUUGGUGCUCUUACUUUCCCUCCUCCUCACAGAGGGUCUUUCAAGUGAAAGAAUCUCAAGACCAGAUGUGAUCAAGAUCGGCGCCAUCUUCACCUUCGGCACCAUCAACGGCAAGGUGGCCAAGAUCGCCAUGAACGCCGCAGUCAACGACAUAAACUCAAAUCCGGACAUUCUCGGCGGCACAAAGCUACUCCUCUCCAUGCAUGACUCCAAUUACAGCGGCUUUCUCGGAAUCAUCGGAGGACUCCAGUACAUGGAGGGCGACACGGUGGCCAUAAUGGGGCCGCAAUCCUCCGGGAUGGCCCACAUCCUAUCCCACCUGGCGAACGAGCUCCACGUCCCCAUGCUCUCCUUCACGGCCCUCGACCCGAGCCUCGCCUCCCUCCAAUACCCCUACUUCAUCCAAACGGCCCCUAACGACCUCUUCCAGAUGGCCGCCAUAGCCGACACCAUAGCCUACUACGGAUACCGAGAGGUCGUUGCAAUUUACCCGGACGACGAGCACAAUCGAGGCAGUAUGAUUGCCCUAGCUGAAAAGCUAGCUGAUAGACGCUGCAAAAUCACCUACAAGGCGCUUCUCUCGCCCGAGACACUAGCCACGGACGACGAAAUCAUGACCCAACUCGUCAGGGUCUCGAUGAUGGAGUCCCGAGUGAUUGUGGUCCACGCUUUUUCCAUGGUCGGGCUUAGGAUUUUCGAGCUCGCCUCUCGUCUCAGGAUGGUCGAUAGAGGGUACGUUUGGAUAGCCACGACAUGGCUCUCCACCGUGCUCGACUCCACCCGUGUCUCCGCAAAACUGGCAGAUUCGAUUCAAGGGGUCAUCGCGUUUCGUCCCCACACGCCCGACUCGAAUGCGAGAAGGGCGUUUACGGAAAGGUGGAGGGAUGAGUUGAGUAAUGGCUCGAUCGGGCUCAACCCUUACGGCCUCUAUGCUUACGACACGGUUUGGACGAUCGCGAACGCGGUCGGAAAGUAUAUGGACGGCGGCGGGAGUAUUACCUUCUCUAAUGAUACUAUUUUUAAUGGGUUUGGGAAGCAGGCCCUGAAUUUGGGCUCGUUGAAUAGGUUCAAUGGAGGGAAAGAGCUGCGGAGAAACAUACUGCAGACGGAGUCCGUGGGCCUCACGGGACGGAUCGCGUUUGACCAGGAUAAAUCUGUUUUGCGUCCGGCUUUUGACGUGUUGAACGUGGUCGGGAGGAGUUACAGGCAGAUAGGGUAUUGGUCCAACUAUUCGGGGCUCUCGGUGGUGCCUCCCGAGAAUCUUUACACGAGGGCUCCUAACCGGUCUAAGUCUAACCAACGGCUGCAUGACGUAAUGUGGCCGGGAUUAACCGCGGUUAAGCCGCGCGGGUGGGAUUUUCCGCGCAACGGGAGAAGGUUGAGAGUCGGGGUUCCGGAUAGGGUGAGUUACAAGGCUUUCGUGUCGAAGGAUGACCGUACGGACGAGAUCCGAGGGUAUUGCAUAGAUGUGUUUGUUGCUGCAAAAGAUUUGUUGCCAUACCCGGUCAUGUUCGACUUCUUCUUGUUCGGCGAUAAACGCAACAAUCCAAGCUAUGCUGAACUCACCAACAUGGUCGCAUCCGAUGCGUUUGAUGCAGCUGUUGGUGACAUUGCAAUCGUGACCAACCGUACAAAGAUUGUGGAUUUCACGCAGCCUUAUAUAGAGUCCGGGCUUGUUGUAGUGGCGCCUGUGAGGAGGUUGAACUCGAGCCCAUGGGCUUUUUUGAGCCCGUUUACUCCCUCAAUGUGGGCCGUUACUGGGGCAUCUUUCUUUAUUGUGGGGUUCGUAAUUUGGAUUCUGGAACACAAGGUCAACGAUGAAUUUCGGGGCCCACCAAAGAAACAAUUCAUCACAAUUGUAUGGUUUGGCUUCUCAACUAUGUUCUUUGCUCACAGAGAGAACACGAUGAGCACGCUUGGGCGCAUGGUCCUCAUAAUCUGGAUGUUCGUGGUGCUGAUAAUCACAUCAAGCUACACCGCCAGCCUGACCUCCAUCCUCACCGUCCAGCAGCUGGCUCCUUCCAUCACUGGCAUCGAGUCCCUCAUUGCGGGCCGGGCCCGGGUCGGGUUCCAGAUCGGGUCCUACGCUCAGAACUACAUGACCGAGGAGCUCAACAUCGACCCCUCCCGCCUCGUCCCGCUCGGCUCCCCAGAGGAGUGCGCCGCCGCCCUCAGGAGCGGCCAUGUGGCCGCGGUGGUCGACGAGCGGCCCUACGUCGACCUUUUCCUCGCCAACAACUGCAUGUUCCAGGUCGUCGGCCGCCAGUUCACGCGCUCCGGCUGGGGUUUCGCAUUUCCUCGAGACUCUCCCCUUGCAAUGGACAUGUCCACUGCCCUCCUUACGCUCUCAGAAAAUGGUGACCUCCAAAAGUUGCACGACAAGUGGCUCAACAACGGCGUUUGCCAACCGGCCAACUCGGCUAACUUAGAUCAGCUCCAGCUAAAGAGCUUUUGGGGCCUCUUUCUCCUGUGUGGGGCCGCGUGCGUGGCAGCCUUAGCAGUCUACUUUGGGUCGACUCUGUACAAGUUCAAGCGCUCGUAUUUGCCUCAACAGCAACCAUCUUCUUUGCAAAGCAGCUCAAAGUCGGUGAGGAUUCACAAGUUUCUGUCAUUUGUGGAUCGAAAGGAGGAGGAGGUGGAGGAGGCAGGAAGCAAGAGGAAGAGAAGGCAUUUGGAGAUGGUUUCUAGGGAACGAUGUGUGUCCAACGGGAUUACAAGGACCGAAUAA